UUGGCUGCAACAUCGGUCUCGACAACAGGCCGGGACAGAACUUGUACGCCAUGGCUGGUCCCGCCAACUGGACCCGUGCGGUUAACUUCUGGGGCCAGGCUCCCAUCGACUUCGUGAUGCCCAGCGGCCCCGGUAUGCCCGUGCGCAUGAAGGUCUCCGUGCUCAGCCAGCUUCUCUGGAGCAAAUCGAACAAGGUCGGCUGUGCCUGGAAAGACUGUUAUGCCAAGACCGGCAACAGCUUGUACCUCUGCAACUACAUGCCAGCGGGUAACGAGUACGGAGGUCACGUGUACAUGAGUGGUCAGGCGUGCAGCCGCUGUCCCAAGGGCACCUGCUGUUCGAAUAGCUGCCCGCACAAGCCGCAACCUGCCUACGAGGGUCUGUGCGCUCCCGAGUAG